AUGCAGGAAAAAGAGAAGAAGAAGAAUGUGUCUGAGGGGACCACCCUUGAGGAAAUACAGGGCUCCUUUGCCAAGGGCUCGGAGGUUUCGCUUCUGUUGCUUUUGGAGACAGACUCCCCCUGGUCUCCCACCACUUUGGCGCACAUAAUAGCCAACAACAGCAAGCGGAACAGCAUACGGUUCGUGACCUUGUUGGCCGCAAGUUCCAAAACAAACGAUGUCCGAGAUAUUAUAAAGCAGGCCCAGGACGAAAAGAGACUCUUCAAGAGGAAAACCAUCCUCUUUAUUGAUGAGAUUCACCAUUUCAAUAAAGCUCAGCAGGAUACUUUUCUCCCGCACGUGGAGCACAGGACCGUGACUCUGAUUGGGGCAACCACCGAGAACCCGUCCUUCCAGGUGAACUCAGCUCUGCUGAGCUGCUGCCAGGUGAUCGUUCUGGAGAAGCUAUUGGUGCAAGCGAUGGAGGCGAUUCUUCUGCGAGCGCUUGGCUCCCUGGGCAUCUGCAUGGUGGACUAAGGCAACCCUUCUGAUUAAGCAGGCGGCAGCAGCGGCUCUGAGUCUACCGUGUUCAUCGAGAAGAGAGCCGUCAGCACCCUGGCUUACCUCUGUGAUGGGGACGCCCAGGCUGGACUGAAUGGGCUGCAGUUGGCGGUUCAGGCCCGGUUAGCUCCAGGGGCUACUAAACUGAGUGAUUCCCCGAGAAUUUUCAUCACCGAAAGUGACGUGAAGGAGGGACUUCAGCGUUCCCACAUUUUGUAUGACCGAGCAGGGGAAGAGCACUACAAUUGCAUCUCGGCAUUGCAUAAAUCCAUGAGGGGCUCAGACCAGAACGCAUCCCUCUAUUGGCUGGCCCGCAUGCUCGAAGGGGGCGAGGACCCGUUGUAUGUAGCGAGGAGACUGGUGAGGUUCGCCAGUGAAGACGUAGGUGAGUGUUCUGCGCUGGGAUGGGGCUGUUGGUGAUCCCCCAGAUCUUUCAGCCCGCAAGACUGGACCGGAGGGAGUUCUCUAGGGGUUUAGCGAGUUACCACAGAGAAACAUUGCUUGGUCGGCUCCAGUUGACUGUGUAUUUCUUCAACCAGACCAUGCUGGGAUCUGUGAUUUAGUGGCCCUGCUCUUUACUUUGAACUGCAGUGAUGCAGAAUUGAAUUCGGUGAUUUGGGCUACCUCCCUAGCAACUUGUAGAUGAAAAUUCAGAGGGAGAAAGAGGUUUUAACAUCUUUGGGUCUGGCGCUGUCUUGUAAAACCACCUGGCUUCUCACCUUCCCAUCGCUUUCACAUAAUCAGGUUGCCCCCUCCUACCUUACCUCACUGAUCUAUUACAACACAGCCCAGCUCGAACACUUCGCGCCUCUAGUGCCAGUGCUCAUUUUGCCCCAUCUCGUCUAUCUCACCACCAACCACUUUCCCGUGCCUUCUGUCUGGCCUGGAACUCUCUCGCCCUCCAAAUAUACUAGACCACCAUUCUCCUCACCUCCAAAGCCUCUCCAUGGAGUCCUCCAAGAUUAAACCCUCCUUUCCCCUCUCCCUUCUGCGUCACCUGUACACUUGGCUGUGUACCCUUUAGGAACUUGAUAUUCACCCCACCCUCAGCCCCACAGUACCUGUGUACAUAGCCGUAACUUUUUAAUUAUAUUCACAUCUGACUCCCUCACUAGACUGUAAACUCGUCGGCAGGGAACGUAUCUACCAAGUCUG